GGAUUAACCUUCACAACAUUAUCCCAUUGUUCCGAUCCCGUUUGAUCUUGACCUAGCCGCUUACGGUUUCCUCCUUCUGGUAGCAGGUCAGAAGGUGUCUUUGUAGAAAGCCAAGAGUUUUAUAGCAGUUAUCUAUCGUGCUGGUUUGCGCCACCCUCGAUUCAGUCUUUUCUCGACAAAGGUUGCAACUGCUUCCAGCUCGCACGGGGUGUUAGCCAGGCGCAUCUUCCAUGCAGCUCCGUCUCUUACUAGGUGGUUGUGAUGGAACUAUCCAACGGCCUACGAACUAUAUGUUUUGCAUUUCAGCCCCCCAGGUCUAUUGAACCUGCGUACGCUGCAUCGGACGCUGAGGUCCUCCCCGAUCGGACGCAUACUACACACCCUGCGGAGUUCUUUCCCCAGCCCCGCUUAAUAAACACUCGUCAUAGCACUUUCUCUAUUUAAGCUGGCUUAUUGAGUAAAAAUGGCGAUCGAAAUCGAAUCUGCUGAUGUUGUCAGAUUAAUUGAGCAAUAUCUAAAAGAAAGCAACUUGACCCGGACACUUCAGACUUUACAGGAAGAAACCGGCAUUUCCCUUAAUACGGUUGAUUCCGUUGAAGCUUUCAUGGGUGAAAUAACAAGUGGCCAUUGGGAUUCUGUUCUUCAGGUCGUUCAAAAUUUGAAGCUUCCUGACCAUAAGUUACUUGAUUUGUAUGAACAGAUUGUCAUUGAAUUGGUUGAAUUACGCGAAUUAGGAGCCGCUCGAACUCUGCUUCGCCAGACGGAUCCCAUGAUAACGCUAAAGCACAGUUACCCGGAACGGUACGCGCAUCUUGAGAACCUUCUUGCUCGUUCUUAUUUUGAUCCCCGUGAGGCAUACUCCGAAGGUCAGUCGAAGGAAAAACGCAGACAGGCCAUCGCUACUGCCUUAUCCGGAGAGGUCAGCGUCGUUGCUCCCUCUCGACUUCUGGCCUUGUUGGGACAGGCGUUGAAGUGGCAACAACACCAAGGCUUGCUGCCACCUGGAACAGCUAUUGACGUCUUUCGCGGCAAAGCAGCUGUUCGAGAGCAAGAGGAUGAGAAGCCCCCUACGCAGCUAUCAACGACUAUUCGAGUCGGUCAAAAAUGUCACAUCGAAUGUGCCAGAUUCAGUCCGGAUGGUCAAUAUUUAGUCACUGGCUCCGUUGACGGAUUUAUUGAGGUGUGGAACUUCACCACUGGAAAGCUACGAAAGGAUCUAAAGUAUCAGGCACAGGACACUUUCAUGAUGAUGGAGGAGGGCGUGUUAUGCUUGGUCUUUAGUCGCGACUCCGAGAUGCUUGCUUCUGGCUCUAGCGACGGAAAGAUAAAAAUCUGGCGGAUUCAAUCUGGUCAGUGUUUACGCCGUUUUGAAAAAGCCCACAGUAAGGGCGUGACCGCGGUACAGUUCUCUCGUGACUCCACCCAUCUCAUCUCUGCCGGUUUCGAUCACAGCAUUCGGAUUCAUGGUCUGAAAUCAGGCAAACUGAUCAAGGAAUUUCUCGGACAUACCGCGGUCGUCAAUUCGGUUGGAUUCACACCAGACGGGCACCAUAUAAUUAGUGGCAGCUCUGAUGGUUCGGUGCGCCUUUGGUCCGUACGGUCCGGCGAAUGCACAAACACAUUCAAAGCCAUUUCCGGACUGGUUGGUCAUGAAGUCGCCAUUCACACGGUUCUCAUGAUGCCGAGAAACGCGGAUCAAUUUGUUGUCGGAAGCCGAUCUAACACUGUGGCCAUAAUGAAUAUGCAGGGUCAGGUGGUGCGUAGUUUCUCUAACGGCAAACGUGAGGGUGGGGAUUUCAUCGACUGCACCGUCAGCAGCCGUGGUGAGUGGAUCUAUUGUGUGGCCGAGGACCGCCUUCUGUAUUGUUUCAACGUUUCCAGCGGUGGCACACUUGAACGCACUAUGCCUGUACACGAAAAAGAAGUUAUUGGAUGUACCCACCACCCUCAUCAGAACCUGAUCGCGACUUAUUCAGAGGACGGUUUUCUUCGGUUGUGGAAGCCCUGAUCCAUCUGUAGCGCACAUAUAAUAUAUAUAUAUAUAUAUAUAUAUAUAUAUAU